AUGUCCAUUGUUGAUUGCUGGAAGAACGUUCCGCCGGAGCCGUCUCGGCUGACUCUCCGCUCGUUGGUCUGCUGGUGGAUCCUGGCGACGAGAUUGGUGGUCCUGGAGACGGGCUUUGGUGGUCUUGGGCCGGGGUUGAUGGAUCCUGGGGCCGGGGUUCGUGGUUCCCGGCGACGACCAUGGUGGAUCCUAGAUACGGUCUUGGUGGUUCCUGGCGACGGGAUUGGUGGUCCUGGAGACGGGGUUGGUGGAUCCUGGGGCCGGGUUGGUGGUCCUGGAGACGGGGUUGGUGUUCCUAGCGACGGGCUUGGUGGAUCCUAG